AACCAUAUACGUGCAUGAGUUUUCAGAGGCGGUGGGAAAUCGGACUUGUCCUCGGACUCGGAGCACUUUUAUCAAGUGCUGGGUGAUUAUGUUGAGGAGACCUAGAGCUGCAUAGAUGUGUCACAAUUUCCCAGGAUUGUCAUACAAUUGCGAACAUCGAUCAGGUGAAGCAGUGAUUCAAGCCAAAGGGGAUGGUUCCUGGCAUCAAGCAACAAGCGAGGCUUGUGCCAAGAAGGGGAAAGACCAAGAAUUGAAAGCGGGGUUUAAUUUCUCGUUUUUUGGAAGUCUUGUGCGCCGAAGACAGCGAAAUCAAACUGUUUUCCUGUUAGGGAAAGGCGUUAUCCACCCCAAAGCGUCCGGACUGUGUGAUACAUCAACAACAUAGUAGAGUGACAAGGUACAGGUUGAGUCAAAGGAGUUUAUCAGAGUGCGGUGGGAAGAGGAACACUGAUCAAGACAGCAGCACAGCAGCAUAGGUGUUCAUGUCUCCUCUCCACACACCUGUAAAGGUUUCCACUUCCUGUGACACCAUCACACCAUGCCUGAGGGGGCGGGCCGAGGCAGCCAGAGAAAGCUCAGCAACCAAGCUGCCAAGCGCCCCUCCUCCGUGUCCUCCCUGAGCAGCAUUGUGGGUAGGAUGYCCUCGUCGGAGCGCGCCUCCCGCGGGAGCUGCACCUCGGUCAACACGGUGUGCUCGGACAGCGACCGCACGGCCAGCCUCAGCUCCUCUGCCUCCUCCGCCUCCCUGCAGGACGUACACUCUUCCUCCUCCUCGCUGCCCUACGGGGCCGUGCCUGCCUACCCCUCCUCGCCGCAGCGCAACGGCUCCGACAUCAGCCUGGACCUKACCCCUCUCUCCCAGCUCCCAGCGGGGGCAAACCCUGCCACUGCCGCGUCCCCGCCCAAGCUGUCUCGCUUGGAGAGGGUGGCGCUGGAGAUAGUGGAGACGGAGCAGGCGUACGUGAGGGACCUGAAGAGCAUCGUAGAGGACUACCUGGGUUGCAUCAUUGACUGUGACCUGCCGCUCAAGCCGGAAGAAGUCAGCACUCUGUUCUGCAACAUUGAGGACAUCUAUGAGUUCAACAGUGAGCUUCUGGAGGACCUGGAGGAGUCCUCAUGCGGCUGCCUCGCCGAGUGCUUCAUUGAGAGGGGUGACGAAGCCUUCGACAUAUAUACCCUCUACUGUAUGAACUACCCAAGUAACUCGGUGGCUGUUCUGAGGGACUGCAUGAAGAACAAGAGCCUGGUGGGCUUCUUCCAGGAGAGGCAGACCACCCUGUGCCACUCCCUGCCCCUGGAGACCUACCUUCUGAAGCCAGUGCAGAGGAUCCUCAAGUACCACCUCCUGUUGCAGGAGCUGGCCAAACACUUUGAUAAAAGUGACCCUGGCUACGAGAUGGUGGAGGAUGCCAUCAUCACCAUGACAGCCGUGGCCUGGUACAUCAACGACAUGAAGAGGAAGCAGGAGCACGCCGUCAGGCUGCAGGAGAUUGAGAGCUUGUUGACCAACUGGACAGGUCCAGACCUGAAUGGCUUUGGGGAGCUGGUGUUGGAGGGCUCCUUCAGGGUCCAACGGGUCAAGAAGGAGAGGGCAUUCUUCCUCUUCGACAAGAUGCUGCUUAUCGCUAAAAAGAGGCUGGAGCUUUUCAUCUACAGCACCCAUAUAUUUUGCUGUAAUCUACUUCUGGUAGAAACCAUGAAGGACCCCCUGUGUUUUAAGGUGUCCGAUCAGACCAUCCCCAAACAGCAGCACAUUGUACAGACCAAGAACCAGGAGGAGAAACGCCUUUGGCUGCACUACCUCAAGAGACUGAUAGUGGAGAACCAUCUUGCCUCUCUACCCCAGAAGGCAAGGCAGGUACUCGGUGACAACUUCUGUCAAUCUCCUCAGUUUGAUCAGGAUCAUUUAAAAAAGUCAUCUCCAAGAUGCAAUGAAUACCAUCGAGGAAGACGCCAAUCAGGUCAGGACAAGCCAUUCUUACCUGUAAUGCACCUAGUAUCUCAUUUGUGUGUGAACCACUUUUAUUUUCUGUUGGAUAUCUUUACUGGUUUUAAGCACGUUCAAACCCCAAAGUCGGAUGAGUGUGACGGCUUCUUUUUUGUCAUAAAUCUAGCAAAUAACAAAGGUCUUUUGCCAUAUGCCUGUCUGGUCUGUGUUUGCUGAGUAAACUA